AAUAACACAACACUCAAAAAAUCCAAUUAUAACAAACAAAAUGUAUCAACCCAUUUCUACAGAAUUCCCAGUAUAUCACCGGACUUCAAGUUUCAGUAGUCUCAUGCCAUGUUUGACGGAUACUUGGGGUGACUUGCCGUUAAAAGUUGAUGAUUCCGAAGAUAUGGUAAUUUAUGGGCUCUUAAGUGACGCUUUAACUACCGGAUGGACGCCGUUUAAUUUAACGUCCACCGAAAUAAAAGCCGAGCCGAGGGAAGAGAUUGAGCCAGCUACGAGUCCUGUUCCUUCAGUGGCUCCACCCGCGGAGACUACGACGGCUCAAGCCGUCGUGCCCAAGGGAAGGCAUUAUAGGGGCGUCAGGCAAAGGCCGUGGGGGAAAUUUGCGGCGGAAAUAAGGGACCCAGCUAAAAAUGGCGCACGGGUUUGGCUAGGGACUUAUGAGACGGCUGAAGAAGCCGCGCUCGCUUAUGAUAAAGCAGCUUACAGGAUGCGCGGCUCCAAGGCUCUAUUGAAUUUUCCGCAUAGGAUCGGCUUAAAUGAGCCUGAACCGGUUAGGCUGACCGUUAAGAGACGAUCACCUGAACCGGCCGUUAAGAGACGAUCACCUGAACCGGCUAGCUCGUCAAUAUCACCGGCUUCGGAAAAUAGCUUGCCGAAGCGGAGGAGAAAAGCUGUAGCGGCUAAGCAAGCUGAAUUAGAAGUGCAGAGCCGAUCAAAUGUAAUGCAAGUUGGGUGCCAAAUGGAACAAUUUCCAGUUGGCGAGCAGCUAUUAGUUAGUUAAGAUAUGAGCUAAGAACUCAAUUGUUAAGUUUGGAGUGAAUAGAAACAGCAAACUAUUCCACUUUGCUUAGAGGUGGAGAGAGGCAGACCCAAGAUUUGAGCACAACGGGGGCAUCAUUAUUUUUAACAUAAAUAUAUAAGCUAGUAGCGAUAAAAUUUAGCGUGCUAACUCCUUCAAAAUUUAAUGAUUAUGAGUCAGUGAUCAAAAAUAUCUUUUAAAAUAUCAAAACUUACUCAAAUAAAAUCAAGAUUAAAUAUUCGUUAAGUAGUUCAAGCAGAGUCUCAAUCUCCAUCGCUAAAUCGACGGAGGUAUGCUACUUUGCCGAAGUGAUUUUUGAAGGCACAAGCAUUUUGGAGUUUUUUAUCGCUCUUUUUAGGCGGAAUUUUAUUGAAUUACUUAUUUUAA